AUGGACGUCCAAACCUUCCUCGAUCAUAUCGGUGACUUGACCGACUUGGAACUGGCAGUCGUUCUCAGCCUUGUCGCACAGCAUCAUUGCUUGAUCGAGACUCCUGAUGAGUAUCAAAAUGAUGUGGCGUCGGAGCUUGCUCUGAUUGUCAGAGACAUGUUUCACCUCUCGUACAUCAUCAUCAACCAGCACGACUUGCAAUCUGUCGAUAAGUUCGUCCCAGCAAUCCUGGACGAUACCAGUGAGCUUGGCGAUCUUCCGAACGAGUCUGAUGACGGGCUUGAAAGUGGCGGCGCUCUACACUCCAAGCUUGCUUCUGUCAGUUUCCGCGCACCAUCUUCAAAUCAGGUCGAGCAAGCAAAGCUGGACAGCAGAAGGGUGGUGAAUGUAGUCAUCGCGAAGGAUUUCAAUCUUGCCAACGAGGAGGUUCAGAUUCAAGCCCUCGAACUCAUUCGAAGACGAAGGAUAUUCAGCCGCACGACCGUGCACACAGUCCCAAAAGUGUUCCUAUUGCUGCCCAUUAUUACAACUUCUACAAAGCAUACUAGACUAAACCGACAUCUGAAUGACCGAAUCUUCAUGUCGCACCACCACGGCCCCGAUGAGGAAUUCCCCAACCUUGAAGAGUUCGAACAGGCCAAUUUGGCCGACGAUCAGUCGACGUAUUCGGACUCAAACUCACCAAGUGUGCGUCGCGAGCAGCUGCUUGCUACCCGUCGAAUUGAUGAGAAGUUGAUCGACCAACUCCGUGCCCAAGGUCAAGCAACCACGAUUACUCCGGAGAUUCGAAGGUAUCUUCAGGACGUUGUGGCAUUUCUUCGUAUGGAACGAGGUGUCGAUGGAGGUGUUACGCCAUACGCAACCACAUUGUUCCUUGCUCUAUCAAAAUAUCUUGCUCCGUUCCAUGGCGUAGACUAUGUCACGCCUUCUCUUAUCGCCCUAGCGGCGAAGAAGAUAUAUCCGCAUCGACUCGUCAUUGCCUCACCUCAUCGAGAACGCAGUACGCAGUAUGGGACUGACGUGGCUACUGCACGGGAUCUACUAAGAGAUCUCGAUGCGCAAACAAUCAUUCAAAACGUGCUUGAUACAGUUCAGUGUCCUACAUGA